AUGGACAAUUACAAGUUUCUUCGAGUAGUCAGAUCUGAUGACAAUGUCACUCAAGUCAUUCUAAAUCGACCAAAACAAUUAAAUUCAUUAAACAGAGGACUUUGGAGGUAAGCACCUUCAACAUUUUAUUACUUUGAUUUUAAAAAUAAUCAAUGAAAAAGUUUAAUAUUAACAAUGUUUUCCUAUAGUUAUAUUGAUAUUGUAAGCCGGUAAAUAUAGUGCAUAUUCAUAUAAAACAGUGCCUAACCUCUGGUCUUUAAUGACUCAUUGUUGGUUAGUAAAGUUGACGUUGAGUAAACAAUUUGUUUAGAGAAAUUGGAGAUGUCUUCAAACAAUUGGACGAAGAUGACCACACCAAAGUCAUCGUAUUUCACGGUGAAGGCAAAUUGUUUUGUGCCGGAUUAGACAUUAAAGGUAAACUACUUUUCUCAAGCAUAUCAAACUUAAUUACCAAACAGAUAUAUACGAACAUAUUGAAAAUUAAGAUAUUUACAAGAUUUCUUUGACAUUAUUUACAACUUUUGCAAAAUAACUGUUGCGAAUGCAUAAAACCUCAUUUAUGUGUUAGUACAUGUACGUAUCGUUCAGAAAGACAACAAGAAAACGUAUUUGACACUUCAAAGGACGGCGCCAGAUUCGGCCAACAGCUAUUGAGAGACGUAACCUGGCUACAAGAAGCCUUUUCCAACAUUGAAAAGGUAAAAAUUGUAACGUGUAGUAAACUUAAGAUCCGUAAAAAUUAAGUUACAAACAGUACUAACUUUAAAAAUAAUCCCACACUACUAUAACAAUAAAAAACUGUCGGUCCCCAAAUAAAGUUGUUUACAGUGCCAAAAGCCAGUCAUAGCUUCAGUCCACAGUGCUUGUCUAGGUGGAGGAAUAUCUUUAAUCACCGCUUGCGAUAUUAUUUACUGCAGUAAAGAAGCCGUCUUCUCAAUAAAAGAAGUCCAGUUAGGCCUGAUAGCUGAUGUCGGUGCUUUGAAUCGUAUGCCAUUUAUGGUAGGUAACAUGAGUUGGCUGAAAGACGUCGCCCUGACCGGCAGAAACUUCGAUUCCAACGAGGCUUUACAGUUCGGUAUGUUUUGAUAUUCAGCUGAGUUUUUGGUUACAAUUGUUGUCAAGUGCCAUUUUUAUUGUCAAGAUCUGCAAAUUUAUGUCUCCUGAUGUAAUACAAGGUGUUUUUGCAGGAUUAGUAAGUCGGGUCUUCAACUCUCGCGAAGAAACCUUGCAAGCAGCCUUAAACACGGCUAGUGACAUCGCCCAACUCAGUCCAAUUUCCGUUCAGGGCACAAAAAUGACGCUGAACUACAGUAGAGAGCAUACUGUAGCAGAAUCUCUGAAGUUUGUAGCGCUUCUGAACAUGUCACAGACCCAGAACGAUGACUUGAAGAACAACAUUAUGAUGUUCAAAAAAGCAAAACUGUAG